AUUUCAUAAAAUUAUAUUUAUUUUUGGAUGGGAUCCAAUUAAAACAAGGAGGCAGGUGCAAAAUAUACUGAACAAUAAUUGAACGAAAAUUAAAACGAAAUUUAACACUAAAGACCAUAUAUACACAAAAACCCAAGCUAAGAGCCGAACAUUGAUUGUAGAUUAUAAUUUUAUUCUAUUAAGAAUAAUAACCUGUUUAAUCUGAUCGAGAAAGGGAAUUAUUAAAUUAGAUAGAGCAGGCCUCAGAAUAGUAUGAAAACGCAUAGAAAAGAUUGAUAGACAAAUUAAAUAUAGUAAUUCUUAUAUUAUAGAAAAUAGUUAUGUUAAGGGAUGGAUAAAUUUACAGAAGGCUUACAGGAAAAAAAUAAUGUCCAGGAAUAGCUUAACAGAGAACUUGAGCAAAGAGUAGAAUAAAUGUGAAUCAUAUUUUAUUUACAUUUCUACAUAACAA